UGCAAGCCAACCCAAACACGCCACGAUUCUCUAUUUGGCUCCUUUUUCUGGAACCUCUUUCAAAUUCAAUUAAAAAAUUUGGAGCUCAAAAGAAUGCAAAUCAAAACCCUAGCUCAUCGUCCUCCUCUAAUUUCUCGUCAAAAGCCUAAUUUCAGGCAUUAUUAUUCUCAAUCUCCCCUGCAUUUUCUGACGCAUCAAACCCACAGCUAUCAUUUUCCUUCAUGUGUACACCUUUCUGCACCAAAGUAUCGCAGAAAUCGACUUAUGCGCCAUUCCAUUAGCCCGACCCAAGAUGUAGUUGAUAAUAACCGGGAAAUGGAUAGCGAAAAUGAUAGUGAAAUUGCUUCCGUAUCGUCAUUUCAAGAAGGAGAGGAGAUAGAAGCGGAGGUUAAAACAGAGGCAUUAGAGAAUCAGACUAUAUGGAACCAAACGAGGGAGAUUAUGAUGUUUACAGGGCCUGCUACGGGGCUUUGGUUAUGUGGGCCGUUGAUGAGUCUCAUUGAUACUGCAGUUAUCGGUCAGGGAAGCUCCAUUGAGCUUGCUGCUUUGGGACCUGGAACGGUGGUUUGUGAUUAUAUAAGUUAUGUGUUCAUGUUCCUUUCAGUUGCCACUUCAAAUUUGGUUGCCACUUCCCUUGCCAGACGGGAUAAUAAUGAAGUGCAGCAUCAAAUAUCUAUCCUUCUUUUUGUUGGUUUGGCUUGCGGCAUCUUGAUGUUUUUGUUUACAAGAUACUUUGGUUCAUGGGCAUUAACUGCUUUUACAGGACCAAAAAAUGUACAUAUUGUACCUGCAGCAAAUACAUAUGUUCAGAUCCGAGGCUAUGCAUGGCCUGCAGUUAUUGUUGGAUGGGUUGCUCAGAGUGCAAGUCUUGGAAUGAAAGAUUCCUGGGGACCUCUGAAGGCUUUGGCAGUUUCUAGUAUUUUAAAUGGUGUUGGUGAUGUAGUUCUCUGCAGCUUUUUAGGUUACGGGAUUGCUGGUGCUGCAUGGGCAACAAUGGUGUCUCAAGUUGUUGCAGCUUAUAUGAUGAUUGAAGCUCUGAACAAGAAAGGAUACAAUGCAUAUGCUUUCUCUGUUCCAACACUUAAUGAACUUUUGACAAUAGUUGGGCUUGCAGCUCCAGUGUUUGUAACAAUGAUGUCAAAGGUUGUGUUCUACUCGCUCAUUAUAUAUUUUGCUACAUCUAUGGGUACAUAUUCUGUGGCUGCUCAUCAGGUCAUGAUUCAAACGUACAGCAUGUGUACAGUAUGGGGUGAGCCUCUUUCUCAAACUGCACAGUCAUUUAUGCCUGAGUUGAUAUACGGUGCCAAUCGAAGUUUGGCAAAGGCUCGGACGUUACUAAAGUCACUAGUGAUGGUUGGAGCUACACUUGGAUUGGUUUUAGGUGUGAUUGGAACAUGCGUUCCUUGGUUGUACCCAAAUCUCUUUACACCUGAUCAAAAUGUUGUGCGGGAGAUGCACAAAGUGCUUUUACCAUACUUCAUGGCGUUGGCUAUUACAUCUAGCACUCAUAGCCUUGAAGGGACGCUGAUGGCUGGACGGGAUCUCAAAUUUCUUAGCCUGUCAAUGACUGGAUGCCUUUCUUUCGGUGCCCUUGUAUUGAUGCUUGUGAGCAGCAGAGGAUGUGGUUUGGCUGGCUGCUGGUAUGCACUUGUAGGAUUUCAAUGGUCACGAUUUUUCCUAGCUCUCCAGCGACUUCUUUCUCCUGAUGGCAUACUGUACUCUGAAGACUUGAGCCGCUAUAAAAUUGAGAAGCUGAAAGAUUCUUAGCUUAAUACAUGAGAGAACAGCACAUAAUCUUAACGUGUUACGACAGGAAUCAAAAUUUGUAGACCUAGGAUCUGAGCUGCAAAAUCAGCAGACACACCAUUCCCAUACUUCAGAUAUCAAAUUAUCGUUAGCAUCAAAGAGGGUGCAUGAAGUAACAAUCUGCCCUGAAGCUGUAAUGUGUUUUUCUUCACAGCUGUGAACACCUACCAUAUCAAUUCUUGUAAUUGUAUAUUGCUCUAAUCAUCAAAGAUGUUUUCCCACGUGGGAAUAAUUUGAAGGAGCAGCAGCUUUUUUUUUUUUUUUUUUUUCAUUUGAAACAUACAGUCAAAGUGGUGUUAUUUGUAGUAAACAGCAUAAAAUUUGGUUGAUAACUUGGGUACUUUCUCA